CGAGCGCAACUUAGUUCAUUAGCGCAUGCUAUCGCCAUGCGUCUCAAUUUCAAGUUUGUUAAUCUUUUUGGAACUGCCUACAAAAAAGGAAAUCUUUCAUUUACUAGUAAUGGGAUGGGACUUUUUAGUCCUGUCGGAAACCAGAUAACUCUCUUUGACCUUGCACGAGAUGAAGCGAGGACUCUGAAGGUCGAUGCAAGCUUUAAUAUAUGUCAUGUUGCAGUUUCACCUCAUCUAUCUUUUUUAAUCGCUUUUGAUGAAAAUGGUAACGCUUAUAUGCUAUCACUGCUGGCCGGUACGGUUAUUUCUCAAUUUAAGCUUCGAUAUCCAGCAACUGCCGUUUCAUUUUCACCUAAUGGAGAAUUUUUAGCAAUUGCCAAGGGCCAUAGCAUUCUUGUAUUCCAUACCCCAUCACUUAAGCGCCAUUAUAACCAAAUGGAAUUUUAUAGGAUGUAUUAUGGAGCCUCAGAAGAUGUAAAGCACCUUGAUUGGUCCUCUGAUUCCAGAUUCUUCAUUGCAGGCAGUGAUGACACCAUUGCUCGUGUUUACUCAGUAAAGCCAACACGAGGGCUUGUCAUCUAUUCACUUACUGGACAUAAUGGACCCAUCAAAGGAGCCUAUCUAACUGAAGACAGUCUCGAUGCAAUCGUUAUUUCUGCAGACGGGCAUGUCGUUUUGUGGGAAUGUGAUACUGGUCUUUCAUCCAUAUCUUCGUCUUUAGCCCUGAAUGCCACUGAAAUUAAAGAUAAAAAGGCUCUUUAUAAAUUGGCCAAGCGGCAUUUCUAUUUUACUACUAAAAACGUUUCUAUUCGCGACGAAGUCACAGUAACGGCCUAUCAUAAAAAGUUGAAAAUACUCAUUACGGGAUUUGAAAGUGGGCUUCUGAUGAUUCACAUGAUGCCGGAUUUUACCAUAAUAGAUGAAGUUCAACUAAAUUUAAGAUAUCACUCUGGCGGAAAAUAA